UUUGGUGAAAACCAGGAAAUAGAUCUGGACCGUUGGAUCAGAUCUAAUCUAAGGCCAGGAUCAUUUUUUUAAAACAAACAUGGAGGGACAAAAGAGUCAUUUUGCACGAAGUAUAUAAACCGUAAAUAACACCCCACUCCCCCUUCCUUCCGCCGAUAAAAUACCUAACUCGUCGGAAAACACCGCCGGACGUCCUCUUUGACAAACUCCACGCCGUAAUCUCACUCUCAACGACAUCAUAUUCAUCUUCAUCUACCUUCAACGUCGCCGUAAUCUCAGUCCUUCGUUCUAUUUUGUAAUCGUCGCCGGAAAAUUCAAGUUCAAUUGAACUCGCCGACGCCAAUUAAAUCAGUAACUAAUUCCGAUUGUUUAUCAAUGGAGGAAGAAGAUCUGAUAAGCGAUUAGGAACUCGAAGAGAUAUCAAAAAGUUAUGACAUAGGUGUUGGCAGUUCAAACAUUACACCAAAAACUAGUAUAACGAUCAAGCAUACAACACCAGAAGGGUCCGUGUUUCAGGAGCCCGGUGUAGAUAUAAAGUAUAGGCCAGUUUUAGGAACUAUCUACAGAAGCCUGGAACAGUGCCAAAAAAUGUACCAUGAAUAUGCGUAUAGGGCGGGAUUUGAUGUUAGAAAGUCAAAUAACAAAAAGACUAAUAGUGGGAGGAUAUACCAGAAGUGGUAUAUUUGCAGCAGAGCUGGCACUCCACCAAAGAUGAAAGUGGACACGUUAGAAAAUUGUGGAAGGCAAAUUAGGAAAAGCAAUAUACAGCGUACAGGAUGCAGGGCUAUGGUGAGAUUUGAUGCCGUAGGUGAGAAAUGAUGUUUCAGGCUCGCUGUUUUCGAAGAAAUACACAACCACCUAAUGGUUCCACCUCAAUACAGACACCUAUCAAAGCAUGAAAGGCAGCUCAAAUAUGCCGAACAAUUGUUUGUCUACAAAGCAUCAGUAUGCAAUAUAGGACCAACCAAGGCACACCAGCUUUAUAGUACCAUAAAAGGUUGUGAUGAAAAUGUGAAUGGAACUGUAACUGAUUUCAGGAAUUGGUCAAGGGAUCUCAAUGUUUAUAUCAGUGAAAGCGAUUCGCAAAUGCUGAUAAACAAAAUGGAAGAAAAGAAAGAGUAUUUUCCUAGUUUUUCAUUCUACUACAAGGCUGAAGAUAGCUUGUUGCACUCGUUGUUUUGGGCAGAUGAAGUUGCUAAGUGCAACUACAAGGAGUUCAGUGACAUUAUGUCAUUUGAUGCCACAUACCAAACGAACAGGUACAACAUGAUGUUUGUGCCUUUCACCGGCAUAGAUAACCACGGUAAAUGUGUGACAUUUGCAGCGGGGCUCAUAAGGGAUGAAAAGGCAGAAACAUACACUUGGUUGCUUAAAAGUUUCAUGGAUGCGUUCGGUAAGGAGUCGAUUAUGGUGGUGACUGAUCAAGACAAAUCAAUGGAAAUAGCCAUAAGGAAUGUAUUCAAAACAGCCAAACACAGGUUGUGCAUGUGGCACAUUACACAGAAGCUACCAACCAAGGUUAAGGACGCGAUUCCAAGCAUUGAAGAUGAAGCAGAAAGAGAUUUCAAGCAGAGAUUCGACAGUAUUGUAUGGAACAUGCACAUGGAACCGAAAGAGUUUGAAGAAAAAUGGGGACAGUUGAUGAUCGACUUCUCACUGACAAAUGAUAAGUGGUUUAAAUUCAUGUUCCAGAUCAGGACUUCUUGGAUACCAGCUUAUUUUAUCGACACCUCAAUGUUUGGGCUCAUGCGAACGACCUCAAGGUCUGAAAGUGAGAAUGCCUUCUUCUCCCAUUUCACAAGAUCGGGUUCAAACUUGAUCAACUUUAUGAGUGGGUUCAAAUCAGCGAUGCUGAAGCAAAGGUCAAAGUAGGAGGAUUUGGAUGCCAAGACAAUUAAAACCACCAGAGAGUAUUGCACAAAGCUCGAUAUAGAAAGGCAUGCUGCAAACGUGUAUACACACACGAUGUUUGAGGUGAUUCAAAAGGAGAUUGAGGCCGCUAUAUAUUUGUGUUCAUUGGCAGGGAUGACUACAGAGGAGUCUGGGCAAGUUGCUGUCAUACAAGAGGAUAGGCAAGAUUCAAAGACUGUGCAAUACAAGGUACUUCAUAACCGUAAGGAUGGUUUGGUAACAUGUACAUGUAGACACUACCUGAGAUAUGGUCUUUUGUGUCGACAUUGUUUUUGGAUCUUAAAUUUCAUCUGGAACAUCAAUGAGAUUCCAGAAAGAUACAUCAACAGACGUUGGAGGAGAGAUAUCAUACCACCAGAUCUGAGAUCACGAAGAAACAAAUACGGUAAUGCAAAUAAUGGUGUUCAAAAGUAUGUUCAUGAGAUAAAUACAGUUGUAGAAGAUUGCAUUGAUAACCUUGUACCCGAUGAGAAAAUGCUCCAAGAAUUUCUUGACAAGAUUAAAGCAUUGAAGAUUGAUGUUGAGAAGAAUGUGCAAAAGACACCAAAGAAGAAAGAAGAUACUAUGGCAGAUUUGACUGGGACCAGGAGGCCUGGCGAAAUCCUUGUAAGUAACCCACCGGUAGGAUCAUAUAAAGGGUGUGCGAAAAAGACAAGAUUAAUGGGCGGCAAAGAGUUGGGAAUAAAAGAAAGCCAGAAGAGAAAGGCGAUGUGCAGAAACUGUGGAGGUACAAACCACAAUGCAAGAACGUGCGGUAAAGAAAAAGUUACAAAGAAACAAUGCACUUCAACUGAUGCUGCAAAAUAAAACAAUUCAAACGAGGCUUAUGUCAACAAUCCAUGAUGGAUUUUUCUAUUUUCAUACUUUCUUAAUUUUUCAAUAAUUUUGUUUGUCACCAUUAUGAUCAUUUAAUUUGUUUG